AGACUGCAGCACCUUUUCAUCUCUCUCUCUCUCUGUUUCUUUCACUCUUCAUCUCUCUCUUGCUCGGAGGUUUAGCUGCGCGCGGGCCAGCCUGAAUGUUUCCGUGUGUUUGACUGAGAAGUGUUGUCCUACCAAGACGAGGUGAAUGUACAGCAUCAUGAUGGAAACGGACUUGCAUUCCCCUGUGGUGCCCCAGACCAACCCAUCCAUCCCGGGGGGACACGCUGGAGGAGGAGGCGGGGGUGCCGGCGGCAAAGUCCCCCAGGACAGAAUCAAAAGACCCAUGAACGCCUUCAUGGUCUGGUCCCGGGGCCAGCGGAGGAAAAUGGCACAGGAGAAUCCCAAGAUGCACAACUCGGAAAUCAGCAAACGGCUGGGGGCCGAGUGGAAGGUGAUGACCGAGGCGGAGAAGAGACCGUUCAUCGACGAGGCGAAGCGGCUCCGGGCCAUGCACAUGAAGGAACACCCGGACUACAAGUACCGGCCGCGGAGGAAGACCAAGACGCUGCUGAAGAAGGACAAAUACUCGCUGGCCAGUGGGCUCCUCGGCCCCUCUGCAGGUGUGGGGAUGGGCGGCGGGCAGCGGCUGGAGAGUCCUGGAGGGGCCCACGGAGGGGUAAAUACGGGCUACGCCACGCACGUGAACGGCUGGGCGAACGGCACGUACUCGGGCCAGGUGGCGGCGGCGGCGGCGGCGGCGCAUGCCAUGAUGCAGGAGGCGCAGCUGGCGUACACGCAACACCCGGGCACCGGAGCUCACCCGCACCACCCGCACCCGCACCAUCACCCGCACCACCACCCGCACAACCCGCAGCCCGUGCACAGGUACGACAUGAGUGCCUUAUCUUACAGCCCCAUCUCAAACUCUCAGAGCUACAUGAGCGCGUCUCCACCGGGCUACGGCGGGAUCACCGGCUACACUCACCAGCACCAAAGCUCCGGUGUCUCCCCGGUGUCCGGGGCGAUCGGAGGGACUUUGGGUUCCCUUGUGAAAUCUGAGCCUAGCGUGAGCCCCCCGGUUUCCACCGGGCGCGCGCCGCCGCCGUGCCCCACGGGGGACCUGCGGGACAUGAUCAGCAUGUAUCUGCCGACCGGAGAGGUGGCCGGAGACUCCAGCGUUCAUAGCAGACUGCAUGUGCUCCACCCGCAGCACUACCAGAGCAGCGGCUCCACUCCGUGAUGGAUUUCUGUCUGUCCGAGCUAAAGGAAAGCGCAUCCGAUUUACUUUUGCUCUCUGGAACAGAGCAUGCCAAGUUUUGACACGAUUUAAAUUAUAAUCCGUGAAGGCUGGUGCAUUUUGAGGGUUAUUUUUUUCCGACUUUUCUGUGGAAUUAAAAGGCACCAGCGGUGUGUUUGAGGGAUCCUGAAAGCCUGUUUAAAGAGGGAACCGUAUAAUAAAUGGAGGGCGGUGUGGAAGAUGUGUUUUAAAAAAAAGUUUCUAGGCUGCAAUUUAAAUUGAUUUCCAGUUUUAAUGCUUGUAAACAUGUGAGU